AAAAAAAAAAAAGAAAAACAACGGAACAAGGACGAAGAUUAGCGCCUUCUCCAUUUCUAGGGUUUUCGACAUUGGAGGGCAGAAGCCAUUCUUCCUCUUCCGAGGUUGCUCACAGUAAGAAAAGUUGCAGACCUUCUAGGUUUCAAUGGCUGAUCAACGGAAUGCCAAUGGCCAACCUCCUAAUGGGACUUCCACAGGAGCAGUGAAUGCUUACUCAAUUAAUUUAGAAUAUUUUAGCAAGCGGUUGAAGGCAUUGUAUACACAUUGGAAUCAUCACAAGUCUGAUCUCUGGAGCUCGUCUGAUGUCCUUGCCAUAGCAACACCACCAGCUUCAGAGGACCUGCGGUACCUGAAAUCCUCAGCCUUAAAUAUAUGGUUGCUAGGUUAUGAGUUUCCUGAGACGAUAAUGGUUUUCACAAAGAAGCAGAUUCAUUUCCUCUGUAGCCAGAAGAAGGCUUCCUUGCUUGAAGUUGUGAAGAAAUCUGCGAAGGAGGCUGUGGGUGUAGAUGUUGUGAUGUAUGUGAAAGCAAAGAAUGAUGAUGGGACCUCACAGAUGGAUGCUAUAUUCCGGGCUAUCCAUGCACAGUCAAAGGGAGAUGGAAAUGAUGCUCCUGUUGUUGGCUACAUUGCAAGGGAGGACCCUGAAGGGAAACUUUUGGAGACAUGGUCUGGGAAACUAAAGAGUGCAAGUAUUCAUCUAAUGGAUGUAUCCAAUGGCUUGUCUGAUCUGUUUGCUGUUAAGGACCAACAUGAGCUUUUGAAUGUGAAGAAAGCUGCUUACUUAGCUUACAGCGUGAUGAAGAAUGUUGUGGUUCCAAAGCUUGAGAAUGUCAUUGAUGAGGAAAAGAAAGUGACUCACGCAGCCUUGAUGGAUGAGGCAGAGAAGGCUAUAUUAGAACCUUCCAAAGCUAAAGUAAAGCUUAAGGCAGAGAAUGUUGAUAUAUGUUAUCCUCCAAUUUUCCAGAGUGGGGGUCAGUUUGAUCUCAAACCUAGUGCUCAAAGCAAUGAUGAUUUUUUGUACUACGAUUCUGCCAGUGUUAUCAUCUGUGCAGUUGGAGCUCGCUAUAACAGUUAUUGCUCAAACAUUGCCAGGACUUUAAUGAUUGAUGCCAAUUCUCUGCAGACUAAAGCAUAUGAAGUUCUUCUUAAGGCCCAUGAAGCAGCAAUAGGUGCAUUGAAACCUGGGAACAAGGUCAGUGCUGUUUAUCAAGCGGCCCUCUCAGUGGUUGAGAAAGAUGCUCCUGAAUUGGUUCCCAAUCUAACAAAAUCAGCUGGGACAGGCAUGGGUCUUGAGUUCCGUGAGUCAGGCCUUAAUCUUAAUGCCAAGAAUGAUCGAAUGGUGAAAGCCGGAAUGGUUUUUAAUGUAUCACUUGGUUUCCAAAACUUAAAGUGUGGGACUGAGAACCCAAAAAACCAGAAUUUUUCUCUCUUGAUUGCAGAUACAGUUAUUAUUGAUGAACAGAAUGUGGAUGUUGUGACUGGGAAAAGCUCUAAAGCUGUUAAGGAUGUGGCGUACUCAUUUAAUGAAGAUGAGGAGGAAGUAGAAAGGCCUAAAGUGAGAGCUGAAGCCAAUGGAACUGACCCCUUUAUGUCUAAGACCACGCUUAGAUCAGAUAAUCAUGAGGUCUCAAAGGAAGAGCUAAGGAGACAGCACCAGGCAGAACUUGCACGGCAGAAGAAUGAAGAAACAGCAAGACGACUUGCUGGUGGGGGAACUGGGGCAGGAGAUAAUCGAGCUGCUGCUAAGGCUUCAACUGAUUUGAUUGCCUAUAAGAAUGUCAACGACCUUUCCCUUCCUAAAGAUCUCAUGAUUCAGAUUGACCAGAAGAAUGAAGCUGUACUUUUGCCCAUAUAUGGCAGUAUGGUUCCUUUCCAUGUUGCUACUAUAAGGACAGUUUCUAGCCAGCAGGAUACUAAUCGUAAUUGCUUUAUUCGGAUAAUAUUUAAUGUACCUGGUACCCCUUUUAAUCCUCACGAUGCCAACUCCUUGAAAAACCAAGGGGCUAUUUAUCUUAAGGAGGUCUCAUUUCGCUCCAAGGAUCCAAGGCACAUAAGUGAAGUGGUGCAGCUGAUUAAAACGCUCAGACGGCAAGUCAUGGCCAGGGAGUCAGAAAGAGCAGAGAGGGCAACCUUGGUUACCCAAGAGAAACUCCAACUUGCUGGGAACAGGUUCAAGCCUAUUAGACUGCUGGACCUUUGGAUUCGUCCUGUUUUUGGUGGUCGAGGGAGAAAGAUUCCCGGAGCACUUGAAGCUCAUGUUAAUGGUUUUCGAUAUUCUACCUCUAGGGCUGAUGAACGUGUGGACAUUAUGUAUGGAAACAUAAAGCAUGCAUUUUUCCAGCCUGCAGAGAAAGAGAUGAUUACUCUCCUUCAUUUUCACCUUCACAAUCACAUAAUGGUGGGAAACAAGAAAACAAAGGAUGUGCAGUUUUAUGUUGAAGUGAUGGAUGUGGUCCAGACAUUGGGAGGGGGAAAGAGGUCUGCCUAUGACCCUGACGAGAUUGAAGAAGAACAGAGGGAGAGGGACAGGAAGAACAAGAUCAACAUGGAUUUCCAGAGCUUUGUGAAUCGGGUGAAUGAUCUCUGGGGUCAGCCCCAAUUUAAUGGGCUUGACCUUGAGUUUGAUCAGCCUCUCAGGGAACUUGGCUUCCAUGGGGUGCCACACAAAGCCUCAGCUUUCAUUGUGCCAACCUCAAGCUGUCUAGUUGAGCUAAUAGAGACUCCUUUCCUAGUGAUCACCUUAAGUGAGAUUGAGAUUGUGAACCUGGAGAGGGUUGGUCUUGGGCAGAAAAAUUUUGACAUGACCAUUGUCUUCAAGGACUUCAAGCGAGAUGUGCUUAGGAUUGAUUCCAUACCUUCAACUUCACUUGAUGGUAUUAAAGAGUGGCUGGACACAACAGACAUUAAGUAUUAUGAGAGUAGGUUGAAUCUGAAUUGGCGGCAGAUAUUGAAGACAAUUACUGAUGACCCCCAGAGCUUCAUAGAAAAUGGUGGUUGGGAGUUCUUGAACUUGGAAGCUAGUGAUUCAGAUUCUGAGAACUCAGAAGAGUCAGAUCAGGGUUAUGAGCCAUCUGAUGUGGAGCCUGAGUCCGAGUCAGAGGAUGAUGCUUCUGAUAGCGAGUCAUUGGUGGAGUCUGAAGACGAAGAAGAGGAGGAUUCCGAGGAAGACUCAGAGGAAGAGAAAGGGAAGACAUGGGAAGAGUUGGAAAGAGAAGCUAGCAAUGCAGAUAGAGAGAAAGGGGAUGAUUCAGACAGUGAGGAGGAGAGAAAGAGAAGAAAGAUGAAGGCUUUUGGGAAGUCUCGUGCUGCCCCGAGCAGCAGUAUUCGAAAGCGUGCCAAGCUGAGAUAGAUUUAGUCUACUAUGUCCUAAUCUCUUUGUUAUUUUCUUUUGACAGUUGAACAUGCUCUAUUGUAGUAGCUGUGGGCUUUAAUAGAACGUGGUUUCUGAUUUCUGAUUGGAACUUUAAUGAGUUUAAUCUAGUGAUAGCUUUAUAUUAGGAUCUUGUUAUGUAUUUGGCACCGGUUGAACUUGUCCGGCAGACAAGAUUUUGGCUGUAAAUUGAUUGAAUUGGCUCAGUAUAUUACUAAAGGUUGCUAGAUGAU